AUCCGUCACUUAAAUUAUGAAUGAAAAUGACGUAAAUUUAUUUAUACAAUAACACCGAUUGGUAGCUAUAAUUCAAUAAUUGGGAAAUGUAAAUUGUUAUUGAUUGAUUUUACAUUCGUUUCUUGUAGUUUUUAUGCCAAGAUGUUUUGUUGUCUGAAAGGAUGUCUCAACGGGUUCACUUUGACGCCCAGCGUGCCCAUUCGUGUCAAAGAGAACCCAGUACAACUGGACACAUUACACAUGGGACAUGAAGUGGUGGUUGUUAAAGGAGGCCAGCGCGUGUGUGGGUCUGGUUGUGCACUUGGGAAUGCUCCGCUUGUGCAGAACAAGUCAUAUUUUGAGGUGAAACUGCAGCAGGGAGGAGUUUGGGCUGUUGGCCUUGCCACCAGAGACACAGAUGUCAGUAAAGUUCAUGGUGGACUGGACAAAGAAUCAUGGUGUUUGAACAGUGACGGAACAGUUAGGCAUGCCAACAUUGAGUUGUACCAGAUAGCGCCAGCUCCAAGGGAGUCACCAACAGCGGAUCUGCUUGUAUCUACAGGAUCUCCAAGUCAUGAGUAUGAAAAAGCUGAAAGCGAGAAUACAAGUACAGUUGCAGUAAUGCCAGUAGAGGGAGACACGAUUGGGGUGGCAUAUGACCAUGUAGAUCUCAAUUUCUUCUUGAAUGGAAAGAAUAUGGAGGUGCCUAUAAGAAAUAUUAAAGGAACUGUCUAUCCCGCGCUCUAUGUUGAUGAUGGCGCUAUCUUAGACAUAAAUCUAGAAAAUUUCCUGUACCCACCGCCAGCGGGCUAUGAGAAGAUAAUGGUGGAGCAAUCUCUGCUCUAACAGAUGCAGACAUGACUGUACUUGUUUGUGUUGUGAUUGUGGAUUGGACAAUGUCACAGCAGUGCUACAACUUUUUUUCAUAUGUGAGCUAGCCUGCAUUGUUGUAUGAGACUGCUUAAGUGUAUUACUUAAAUAUAUACAAGAUAUAUGUAAUUACUAUCGGUGCCGGAUUAAGUUAUGCUUUUAGACUAGAUGUACCAUUCAGCGUCGUUCCAAUUAUCGAAAGACAGCCUAAAACCAGACAUUUCUUAAUUGUUCAAGUUUCUUCUU